UUACAGUUAAAAUAAAAAAAGCGACCCGUUAUAAGCCAAAACCCUAGUCUGUGCUCCUCUUCCCACAGACGCCGCCUCUUCUCUUUCCCUCCACAGACGCCACCGAUUGAUCAAAGAUGAGUAAGGCAACAGCAUCAGGAGCCAAAGGGAAGAAGAAAGGUGUAACCUUCACGAUAGAUUGUGCAAAGCCAGUGGAGGACAAGAUUAUGGACAUUGCGUCAUUGGAGAAGUUUCUUCAAGAGAGGAUCAAAGUUGGAGGCAAAGCUGGUGCUCUCGGUGACACUGUUACUGUUUCACGUGAAAAGAGCAAGAUUACUGUCACUUCUGACAGCAACUUCUCCAAAAGGUAUCUGAAGUACUUGACAAAGAAGUAUUUGAAGAAACAUAAUGUUAGGGAUUGGCUACGAGUGAUUUCAUCCAACAAAGAUCGCAAUGUUUAUGAGUUGAGAUACUUCAACAUUGCUGAGAACGAGGGAGAGGAAGAAGACUGAAGUUUAGGCCUUAUAGCCUCGAUUAUGUUGCUGCCUAGAUUGAACCCUUUUCAUUUUUUUUUGUUUGAUCAAGUGAUGGCACAUUUACUGAGUUAAAUGUUUUAUAAUUUUGUUGUUGAGGUGGUGCUUUUGCAAUAUUGCUACUGCAAAAUUAAGACCCUCCCUGCCAUUAAGAAAAUCUGGGUUUUGCUCAA